UCAAGGGGGGAAAGCCUGGGUCUUCAUAGAAAAGGAGAGGAGGCAAAGGAAGCCCAAACUGGGGGUUUCUCUUCAAAGCCAGCUGGUCUGGCUUUAUUCUACAGGAAUUUUUUUACCUGUCAGGGUUUGGACAACAAAGCCCUCAGCAGGUGCUGACGGGUACAACUUCCUGGAGAAGCAGAAAGGCGCUGGUGCCAAAGAAGAGUUGCAAACUGUGAAGUAACUUCUAUGAAGAGAUGAAGUGAAGAAUGGAAGGCAAAUGACUGUAUGUGUAUGUGCGUUUCGGCUCCCUUUCUAGCCCUUCAGCCUCUCAGGGCCGAAACCCGCGUAUUCUGGGCGUGAAGGAAAAGCGCGCUGGAAUCGAGUGCUGCAGACAUCCUGGACUGGGGCUUUUACGCGAACGAAUGCAGGAAUUUGGGAACUGAGCAGUGCAAGUGCUGAAGAAGGAGAUUUGUUUGGAGGAAACAGGAAAGAGAAAGAAAAGGAAGGAAAAAAUACAUAAUUUCAGGGACGAGAGAGAGAAGAAAAACGGGGACUAUGGGGAGAAAAAAGAUUCAGAUUACGAGGAUUAUGGAUGAACGUAACCGACAGGUGACAUUUACAAAGAGGAAAUUUGGGUUGAUGAAGAAGGCAUAUGAGCUGAGCGUGCUGUGUGACUGUGAGAUCGCGCUGAUCAUCUUCAACAGUACUAACAAGCUGUUCCAGUACGCCAGCACGGACAUGGACAAGGUGCUGCUCAAGUACACUGAGUACAACGAGCCGCACGAGAGCCGGACGAACUCAGACAUCGUGGAGACGUUGAGAAAGAAGGGCCUUAAUGGCUGUGACAGCCCAGAUCCUGAUGCAGACGAUUCAGCCUUGAACAAGAAAGAAAACAAAGGCUGUGAAAGCCCCGAUCCUGACUCCUCUUAUGCACUCACCCCACGCACUGAAGAAAAAUACAAAAAAAUUAAUGAAGAAUUUGAUAAUAUGAUCAAGAGCCAUAAAAUUCCUGCUGUUCCACCUCCCAACUUUGAGAUGCCAGUCUCCAUCCCAGUGUCCAGCCACAACAGUUUGGUAUACAGCAACCCUGUCAGCUCACUGGGGAACCCCAACCUUUUGCCACUGGCCCACCCUUCUCUGCAGAGGAAUAGUAUGUCUCCUGGUGUAACACAUCGACCUCCGAGUGCGGGUAACACAGGUGGUCUGAUGGGUGGAGACCUCACAUCCGGUGCAGGCACCAGUGCAGGGAACGGGUAUGGCAAUCCCCGAAACUCACCAGGUCUGCUGGUCUCACCUGGUAACUUGAACAAGAAUAUGCAAGCAAAAUCUCCUCCCCCCAUGAAUUUAGGGAUGAAUAACCGUAAACCAGAUCUCCGAGUUCUUAUUCCACCUGGCAGCAAGAAUACGAUGCCAUCAGUGAAUCAAAGGAUAAAUAACUCCCAGUCUGCUCAGUCAUUGGCUACCCCAGUGGUUUCCGUAGCAACUCCUACUUUACCAGGACAAGGGAUGGGAGGAUAUCCAUCAGCCAUUUCAACAACAUAUGGUAACGAGUACUCUCUGAGUAGCGCAGACCUGUCGUCUCUGUCUGGGUUUAACACCGCCAGCGCUCUUCAUCUUGGCUCAGUAACUGGCUGGCAACAACAACACCUACAUAAUAUGCCGCCAUCCGCCCUCAGUCAACUGGGAGCUUGCACUAGCACUCAUUUAUCUCAGAGUUCAAAUCUCUCCCUGCCUUCUACUCAAAGCCUCAACAUCAAGUCAGAACCUGUUUCUCCUCCUAGAGACCGUACCACCACCCCUUCGAGAUACCCACAACACACGCGCCACGAGGCGGGGAGAUCUCCUGUUGACAGCUUGAGCAGCUGUAGCAGUUCGUACGAUGGCAGCGACCGAGAGGAUCACCGGAACGAAUUCCACUCCCCCAUUGGACUCACCAGACCUUCGCCGGACGAAAGGGAAAGUCCCUCAGUCAAGCGCAUGCGACUCUCUGAAGGAUGGGCAACAUGAUCAGAUUAUUACUUAAUAGUUUUUUUUUUUUCUUGCAGUGUGUGUGUGUGCUAUACCUUAAUGGGGAAGGGGGGUCGAUAUGCAUUAUAUGUGCUGUGUGUGGAAAAAAAAAGUCAGGUACUCUGUUUUGUAAAAGUACUUUUAAAUUGCCUCAGUGAUACAGUAUAAAGAUAAACAGAAAUGCUGAGAUAAGCUUAGCACUUGAGUUGUACAACAGAACACUUGUACAAAAUAGAUUUUAAGGCUAACUUCUUUUCACUGUUGUGCUCCUUUGCAAAAUGUAUGUUACAAUAGAUAGUGUCAUGUUGCAGGUUCAACGUUAUUUACAUGUAAAUAGACAAAAGGAAACAUUUGCCAAAAGCGGCAGAUCUUUACUGAAAGAGAGAGCAGCUGUUAUGCAACAUAUAGAAAAGUGUAUAGAUGUUUUGGACAGACCCGGCAAAGGGUGGCCACGGUUAAAUGUUAGGAACACAUCAGGUCACCUAACACCCACCCCGAGAACGCUCACAAACCUGCAGGCACAUCCUUGGUGUAUGGCACUCAUGAGAAAGGAUCGACGACCAUUAAAAGAGGACCAUACCUAUUUUUAAAAAUGUGGAGUUUGAGGGCUAACGUAUUUAAUUAAAUAAAUAAAUAAAUCUGGGUCUGCAUCUCUUAUUAAAUAAAAAUAUAAAAAUAUGUACAUUACAUUUUGCUUAUUUUCAUAUAAAAGGUAAGACAGAGUUUGCAAAGCAUUUGUGGCUUUUUGUAGUUUACUUAAGCCAAAAUGUGUUUUUUUCCCCCUUGAUAGCUUCGCUAAUAUUUUAAACAGUCCUGUAAAAAAACCAAAAAGGACUUUUUGUAUAGAAAGCACUACCCUAAGCCAUGAAGAACUCCAUGCUUUGCUAACCAAGAUAACUGUUUUCUCUUUGUAGAAGUUUUGUUUUUGAAAUGUGUAUUUCUAAUUAUAUAAAAUAUUAAGAAUCUUUUAAAAAAUCUGUGAAAUUAACAUGCUUGUGUAUAGCUUUCUAAUAUAUAUAAUAUUAUGGUAAUAGCAGAAGUUUUGUUAUCUUAAUAGCGGGAGGGGGGUAUAUUUGUGCAGUUGCACAUUUGAGUAACUAUUUUCUUUCUGUUUUCUUUUACUCUGCAUACAUUUUAUAAGUUCAAGGUCAGCUGUCAAAAGGAUAACCUGUGGGAUUAGAACAUAUCACAUUGCAACACCCUAAAUUGUUUUUAAUCCAUUAGCAAUCAAUUGGGUCAACUGACAUCCAUUGUAUAUACUAAUUAGUUUCUUUCAUGCUAUUUUUUUUGUUUCUGUUUUUGCAUUUUUAUCAAAUGCAGGGCCCCUUUCUGAUCUCACCAUUUCACCAAGCAUCUUGGAAUUCAGUAAGUGCAUACCCUAAACUUGCCCAUAUCCUAAAUGAUAUGGUUGGUUUUCAGCCUAGAAUUUGAUAACGCUUUUAAGAAAUAUGCCCAGAAUGGAGAGCUGUGUCGGGGCACAUGUCCCGCCAAUAUAGCCCUAGAAACAAGUGAUAUGGAGUUUACUCUAUGCAUGAGUUAUAAAUUCCCACAGAAGAAAAAUGUGAAAGACUGGGUGCUAGAUAAGAAGGAAGCAGGUAAAGGGAUAGUUGCUUCGUCAUCCGUUUUUAAUUAUUUUACCUGACCCUUAACAAUCUUGUCAGCAAUAUAGGACUGUUGAACAAUCCCGGUGUGUCAGGACCCCCAAAUGUCACUUCUGCAUAAAGCAUGUAUGUCAUCUAUUUUUU